AUGCCGCCUGGACAACUGCAGGAUCUCAUCCAGGUCCAUAUCCCCCAGGAAGAGCAAGCGCCGCAAGAACAACAGAAUCCAGGGUCAAAUACGGCUGUGCCAUACUCUGAGCUUCCGGAUGCGGAGUCAGAACAGAUUCUGACGCCCGAGAUACUUAGCAGCCUGGAAGCACUUCGAUAUGUUACCGACUUCCCACCACGUGAUGAGUCUAACAUAGACCCGUCGCUCAGGUCAGUUGAGCCUUUGCAGUAUACUCAACCCCUUCAACCGCAAGGUCAGGCUUUACCGCAGCCGUUGCCUUCUCAGUUAGCUCCGAAUCAUCUUGCCACCUCACAAAACACAACCCAAAUUAAGCCUGUUCAGGCUCAACAACAGACCCAUGGUUUCCAGGGCGAUGGGAUUCCGCAGACAAGUCAAGCUUUACGGGGCAGCAUCCCAAUAUCCCGCGCCCAAGUUCAACAACAGAGACAGCGUCCUCAGUAUGGCGAGGCCCACCGACGAAAGGAGGGUUCGGAACUCCAACGGAUUACUUGGGCGGCGCAGGAUUUUGCCUUGGCAUGUCGUCAAACUUGUGAAGAGGUCGACAUAUUGCGAUCUCAGCGUACCGAAGGCCACCAGCAAGCCCUAGAUACACAAAACAGGCGGGUCCUUAGGGCAUAUGAGGUGUACCACGCUACAUUGGCGCGGUUACAUCUGGAGCUCGGCGCAGUGAAAGGCAAACCACCAAAUCCGGCUCUACUACGCCCUCCCGUUCAACCGGUCCAGUCCUUCCAGAAUCCUUCCGUUCAACAGGUCCAGUCCUUCCAGAAUCCUCCCGCUCCAAAGGUCCAACCUGUCCAGACCCCUCCCGCGACAAAGGGCCAGACUCUUCAGAAGCCUCGAGUUCAACCGGCCCAGCCUGCUCCCGCUACAAAGGCCCAGCCUACUCAGAAGCCUCAAGUUCAAAAAGCCCAGCCUGCCCAGGACGCUCCCGCUACCAAGGCCCAACCUACUCAGAAGGCUCAACCUCAAAAGGCCCAGUCUGCCCAGAAUGCCCUCGCUACAAAGGAUCAGCCCAUUCAGAAGCCUCAAGUUCAGCAGGCCCCGCCAUCCCAGCACCCUCAAUCUCAAGAGACCCACGCUCCGCAACAGGACCCAGCUGCCGGGCUUCCGCAGGAGAAACAACAAGACCGCCGUCCCCGGUUUGGCCAAUUUCUAACAAAUGUCUCAGAUGAAGACCGGCAGCUCCUGGCUGACCUCUACGAACAAACUGUCCAACGGAUCCGUGAUUCCAUGGAAAAAGAGACUCAACAGGUAUCUCAGGAACAGUCAGAUGAGCCUGCUUCUAUGCCCUGGCCUGAAGGAACUACUAUGACCACGCAGGAGCACUUUUCGUUUGAAUCCCAGGGUUCCGAGUAA